ACGCACUAUUCAUGGAAGCGAAAGUGGCUAGAAGAAAAACAAACAUAAUGAUCGACACAGGCGCAGUAAGGAACGCUGUAUCGAAAAGUUUCCUAGAUGAAAUUGGAUUGGAAAUUGAUGGACCGUCUGAUAGAACCCUGAUUGGAAUAAGCGGAAAAAUCACAACACCAUUAGGAGUCAUCCAUCAACUUUCAAUCAAAAUAAAUACAACAAUUUGGAAGGUUGAAGCUGCGGUCAUGGACUCUGAGGCUUACUCAGUGAUCCUAGGAAAUGAAUGGGUUGUGCAAGUGAACGCAAAAUAG